UACAAAGUUGGUAUCACUGUAACCUUCUUUGGUGUUUUGUUUAUGGUACAUAACUAAUUUAUGUCGUAAACGCGCACUGAAGAAAUAGAUAUUAUUUUAUUAUUUGAUUUUGUAUGUUGAAAAUAUGCAACAUUAAAUAUGGCACAACGAUUAAAUAAUAAGGCAAAAAUCAAAUCGUUUAUAACUGUUACAAGUUCAGCUGCAGCGUUAUUUGGUGGAAUAUGCAUUUAUCAAGGAAAUGAAAAAUUUUAUAAAGAGGUAGCAAUUCCCUUGAUUCAACAAAUAGAUCCCGAAAUAGCUCAUACUAUAGCAGUAAAAGCUUUAAAGUGGGGAUUUGUUCCUAAAGAAAAAUUAAAUGAUCCUAUUUCACUUCGAACAAGCAUUUGGGAUUUAGUAUUCAAAAAUCCUAUUGGUAUGGCCGCUGGUUUUGAUAAACAAGGAGAAGCUGUUGAAGGCUUACAUAAAAUAGGUUUUAGUUUUGUAGAGAUAGGAUCCGUAACACCUAUGCCACAAUCAGGUAAUCCUAAGCCUAGAGUAUUUAGAUUAUUAGAGGAUAACGCAAUUGUUAAUCGUUAUGGUUUCAAUAGUGACGGUCAUGAUAAAGUAUGGGAACGUGUUAAAAAGCUUAAAGAAAAUAAAGAUUUUGUUGGUAUUAUUGGUAUUAACUUAGGAAAAAAUAAAGAUUCUGAAGAUGCAGUGCAAGAUUACAUAAACGGUAUUAAGAAAUUUUCAGAUGUAGCAGAUUAUUUUGUAAUUAAUGUAUCCAGUCCUAAUACACCAGGACUUAGAUCUUUACAAAGUAAAGAAAAUUUAGAAAACUUGCUGACAAAAAUAAAUGAAACAAGACAAAUCAUAGGUAGCAAGCAACCAUUACUUUUGAAAUUAGCACCAGAUUUAUCUGAAACUGAACGACAGGAUAUAGCAGAUAUUGUUCUACAUACAAAAACAAAAAUUGAUGGUUUGAUUUUAUGCAAUACAACAACUUCACGUGUAAAUCUAGUUAAUGAAAACAAAAGAGAAAGUGGUGGACUUAGUGGUGCACCUCUUACAGAUGUUACUACCAAAAUUAUUUCAGACAUGUAUAAACGAACUUAUGGUAAAAUUCCAAUUAUUGGAGUAGGAGGUGUUUUCUCUGGGGAAGAUGCCUAUCAUAAAAUUAAAGCUGGAGCUUCUUUGAUUCAGUUAUAUACAUCAUAUAUAUAUAAUGGUCCACCAAUAGUUGGAAAAAUAAAAAGAGAAUUACAUGAAAUACUUAAGAAAGAUGGUUUUUCUUCUGUAAAUGAAGCAGUUGGUAAAGAUAUAAAGAUUAGCUAAGUAUAAGUAUACUUCAAAUUAUUAUAUAUUAUUUAAUAGUUUUGUACAUAUGUAAAUUAUUGGAUUAUAACACAUUUAAUUAUGAUAAUUUGUAAUGAAUAUAUAUGAUGUGUUUAAAAAGAUACGUUUUAUGCAUUGGAUAAAUUAAUUUGUUACAGAUC